UAUGACUGUGUUUUUGUUAGGGUAACAAGAUCCAUGCUACUAGCAAACGAUCUCUCAUGCAACGGAUUCAACGUGUCUUACCUAUAGAUUCUUGGGGAGUUAUUGAACACGUUACUGUGACUCCAGCUGGUGGUCAAUAUCGAACAACCAACUACAAAUACAAGAUGGUUAUAGCAGAAGACGCUGUGCUAUCAAGAUCGGAUUUAGUUGAUGAUAGAGUUUUCAUAUCGCUUGCUAAUUAUGAAGAAAUUGAGAAUGGAACCAAAAAGCAAGCUUUUCUCAUUGACGUGAUAGGAAGAAUUCAUGACCUUGGUGAUGUACAGACUGUACAAGUUUCUGGCGAAGACAGAAAGAGGGUUCUGUUUCGCUUAGUUGAUGCAGAAGGAAACAAUCUUGCAUGCUGUCUGUGGGGAACAUAUGCUGAGCAACUUGAACCGUUUUCUGGUCACGGAAAGGAUCAAACAAUUAUUUGUUUGAUCAGGUUUGCAAAAAUCAAGGAAUUUAGAGGAGAGCUGCAAAUCACUAAUGCUUUUGAUGCGACACGACUGUUCCUGAAUGCAGUGAUCCCUGAAGUUUCUAAUAUAACUCAAAGGUUUUGCUUCUGUUAUGAUUAUGAUUUAUAUAUUAUUACAUGCCUAUCUUAUAAAACUAAUUUUUAAAUGUACAAAUUGAAAUGCAUUUAAGGCUGUCAAAUGAUGAUCUCUCUGUUGCUCUGGUCCCAAAACCGUCUGGAAAGAAGGAUGGUAAGAGAAUUUUGUAUAACCGGAAUGAUGCUGAAAUCAAAACAAUUGCAGAAGUCGCUGAGGCCAAUCAGGUACAUCUAACCAUUUUUCCGAAUGUAAUUGUUUUGCUUUAUGGUUAUGAAUAUUUGAAUAAAAAUCCGCUUAUGAUUUUAUAAAAUAUUUAGGUGGAGAUUUGCAAAAUAAUAUGUACUAUUGAAGCUAUAGAUACAGAUUGGUCUUGGUUCUACAUUGGUUGUAACCGGCACCAAAAACGUGUACUUAAGAUUCCUAAAGUUGAUUAUGGAAGGAUGACAAAAAAAGAUAAGCCUAUGUUUCGUUGUGAACUUUGUCGUUCUAAUAUCAAUACUGUUGGACCCAAGUAAGUGAUUAUAUUUACUUGAACUAAUUGUUGAGAGUUCAAAUAUUUAGCAAGAUCAAAGUAUUCUUACUAUAUCCGAUUUUUUUUUUUUAAGAUUCAAGCUACAUCUGGUUGUGAAAGAUGACUCUGCAACAUGUAAUGUGAUGUUGCUAGGCUCUGUUGGUAACUCCAUCGUUGGAGUGGAUGCUGAAGAAUUAUGGGAUGGCUCAUAUGAGGAGGUAUAUAUUUUUUUAUGACUUUGUGUUUUGCAGUUAUUUUUUUCUACAAUAAUAGUUUAGAUUUAACCCCAUAUAUUUCUACUAUAUAUCAGAUUGAAGAUCCAGAUAUACUACCAGAACCUAUUCUUAGUUUGGUCGGCAAGUCUUUCUGUUUUGGUAUUUCCAUAUCCUCAGACAAUGUCACAAAUGGAUCCGACACUUUUGUUGUUUUAGAGGUUUGUUCUGGAGAUAAAGUUCUUACUAUCCAGACAGACUCUCAAUCUAAUUCUGAUAUGGUCACAACUUCUUCUACCAUGUCAUCUGGAUCUGUAAGUAUAUUUUUUAAUUAAUUUAUGCUUUACAUUUGUUAUUAGUGUGUGCUUUUUGAUAGUGUCUAACGAAUUCCUUGAAAUUAAAAACUAAUUUAGGCCAUGAUGUUGGAUCAAAUUUCCUCUGAUGAGUGUCCAACUCCUAUAACAAAGCGCAAGGAUGAUGAUUGUGAUCUACAGGACCUAACAUCUUCUUCCAAGAAACAAUGCACCAAGAUAAUCAAAGAAGAGAAGAUCAAGAAUGAUUAGGCUGAAGAUCAAGUUUCUAUCCAAUAUCAAACUCCUUUCGCUUAUUUUGGUUUUUUUUGUUAUGCUUUCAUUUAUUCCGUUUUUUGAAUUUGAGGCUUUGUUUUUUUAAUAUUUUAUUGUGUUAUUUUGAAAACUUUAUUUAAUAAUAAGAUGGGUUUUUAUGUCAUUUUUAUGCAUUCUUCAAAUUAAUUUUUAAGACAGUAUAUUGAAAUUCCUUAUUACUAAUCAAAACAAGAGCCUAACUAACCAAUCAACUCAUAUAGUUCUAAUGUAAAACUAUACUAACAAUCGUAUUUCUAAAGGAUAAUAAGUUUGGUAAGAAGAGUUUACCUGUCUAUAAGAGUAUGAAUGUUCGAACCUGCUCCAUCAUUGUUUGUCAUCGGAUCUGUGAUUCCAGUACACCAUAAACGUUUUUAGAACGAAUAAAUGUCUUGCGAAGUAAUUUUACUAAAAAAGGCCAUAUCAAUCUUACUAAUAUAUAUAGAUCCGAUGGUGAAUAAAAAUGAAUGUUACAGAUGUUUAAAUAAAAUAAUUCAUGGAUUAAACUUCCUUAUUUUAACUAUUAUCCUACAUCUAAGCAAUUUAUAUAUUGUCAAUCAUAAAUUAUGACCAGAAAAAUAGGAGAUUACCUGAAUAUAUGCAAAUCUCAUAGUAAGCUAAUCCAUUCUUCCCAGAAAAUCUUUCUGAAUAAAUGCCGUGGAAGGAACAUUCCUUCAUCCUCAUACUCAAGAGAUGAAUCGCAAGAGAGGAGACUUUCAGGGAUUAGUCACUGGAAAAGAUAAAGGAAAAACGAUGAUUGUCAAUGAUAUGCCUAACCUUGAAGAGAUUCAGAGGUUUUCUAAUCCCAUCUCAAACCAGCCGAUUCCUAUAAGUUCUAUCUACUACAGACUCUUCGAAAAUAUUGAGAAUCACAAAGUUCCAAGCUACACUAUUCCUCCAUAUCAACAAAUAAGCAAGCUUUCACCACAAACACCUUUAAAUAAAAGAAGAUGUAUCCUUGGUAAGUCAUUCAUCCCUAAUGAAUAUUAAGUAUCAUCAUGUACAAUCAACAAGAUAUAAAAACUGUUUUUCAUUUUCUAAUGUUUCAAAGGUCUAGAAAAGAUAAAAGACCAAGUGAAUGACACCCGGUGUUUAGCAGCUGCUUAACCUCAUUAUCAAGUAAGUGUUUGUUUGUUUUUUUACUGUGUAUAUAUAAAUAUAUAUAAUAUAUAUUCUAACAUGCUCAUUUUUCAUAAUCAUUUUAACCUUCUUUAAUAUUAUAACAGAGGAUCUACAAAAGAGGAGUUUCAAAUCUAUGAAAACUAAGGCUUGCCAUCAAACCAGAAGUUCAAGUAAUGUAUUGAAAGACAUUACUAAUACAGCACAUCUGAGGAAAAAACAACGCAGUUCAUCAUCAGAUAACUUCGAUGCGUCAGCUCAGUCCAUAGAAGAAGAAGAUGAAUUUGUCGGAACUGAUUUGUUUGGAGGUAACAAGACCUUGAAAACAAACGAUUUUUUAAUGGACUGAGCUGAGUGAUAAUAUAAGAGUAUUUUUUCGCAGGGAUCAUUGAUACAGAUAGCCAGCAAGUCUUUGAAUGUUCUUCUCUAGAGAAUACUGAUACAGAAAAUGAUGACUCUGAUUUAGAUGAUCCUAUGGAUUUUGAGCCAGAGGUUGAGCCAAACGAUAGAGAGAGAGUGGCAUUGGAUGCAGAACACACUGUUGGUGUUGUAAAGGCGCCAAAACCUUCUUACCAAAAGUAUUAUACUGAAAACGGUAUUGGUUUUGUUUGUUUUCUUUAUUCAAUGACAUGUUUUCUGUUUCUAUAUUCUUAUUUACGUGUUUCUAUUUUGAUGUCAAAUAUUUAGACUACUUAGAUGAAGGUGAUCCAGACUACAAAUGUUCUCAUUGUGGUGCUAUCAUGUGGUAUGGAGAAAGGCUAAACAAGCGGAGAAACGCAAAGAAUCCUACAUUUUCAUUAUGUUGUAUGCAAGGACAAGUGAAAUUGCCGUUGUUGAAGGAACCACCAACAGCCUUAAAAAAUCUGUUGCAAGGAGAUGAUCCAAGAAGCAGACAUUUUCAAAAACAUAUAAGGCCCUACAAUAUGGUUUUUUCCUUUACUUCUCUUGGUGGAAGAGUAGAGAGGUCUCUGAAAAAAGGUAGAGGCCCUGAUAUGUUUCAGCUUCAAGGAGAAAAUUAUCAUUUAUUGGGUGCUGGUAUCACACCACCUGAGGGAGGUACACCAAAGUUUGGACAGCUAUAUAUAGUUGAUACGGAGAAUGAAGUUGAAAACAGAGCAAAAUGUUUAAGGUAUAAUAUUUUGUAUCUUUCGGAAACUGUGCUUUUAAUAGUAGUACGAUUACUAACAUUGUCUCUUUUUAUAUUUUAUGUUAGCCUGGGUAAACAGAAAAUUCAAGUCAAGAAAAAGGAUCAUCUCAGAAAAGAUAUAAUAGAGACUUUGAUGAAGAUGUUGAAUGAAGUCAAUCCAUAUGUUAAAAAGUUUAGAUCAGCAAGGGACCGCUUCAACACAGAUCCUGAGAACUCUUUUCAUAUGAGGAUUGUUAGUGAGAGGUUAAAGGAUGGAAGGACAUAUAACACACCCACAGCUUCAGAGGUUGCUGCGCUGAUUCCUGGAGAUUUUAGUCUUGAUAUGGACAGAAGGGAUAUUGUUCUACAAAAAAGUUCAGGAAAACUACUGAGAAUAAACGAGAUUCAUGCUUCCUAUCUUGCACUUCAGUAUCCUCUUUUGUUUACAUAUGGUGAAGAUGGAUUCAGACUUGGUAUUAAGAAAUGAGCAACAGAAAAGACCAAAAA